AUGUGCGGCUCCUCUCAGCUGAGCAGCGAUGCUGGUGUGCGGAUCCUUGUAAAUGUGGGCAAUUUUUUCACGUUGGAGUCUGUCUUUGUAGCGCCACGGAAAGGAAUUUACAGUUUCAAUUUCCACGUAAUUAAAGUCUACCAGAGUCAAACAAUUCAGGUGAAUUUGAUGCUGAAUGGGAAGCCAGUGAUCUCUGCCUUCGCUGGGGACAAGGACGUCACCCGUGAGGCCGCCACCAACGGGGUGCUGCUGUACCUGGACAAGGAGGACAAGGUUUACCUGAAGCUGGAGAAAGGAAAUCUGGUGGGUGGAUGGCAGUACUCGACAUUCUCCGGCUUCCUGGUCUUCCCCCUGUAAAGUCACUUUUCCUGUGGCGUUCGUCCUCACCUCUGUUUCAUGAAGAUCAUUUUGUCGUCAUGGGAGUGAUGAUGGUUCUUUAUUGCUUUCUCACGGGUGAUUUUGGAUUCUCUCCAUGGAUUUUGGCCCCAUCUGAACUACUCAGAAAUUCCACAGAAUCCUGUGUGUUCAAAUACGAUAUCUUUGGACUGAGACUAAAGCAGACAAUAAAUAUCAAUGCUGAAGGUUACCGUCCAAAGCCGCCUGCAAGAUUUAUUCCAAUUUCAUUUCCUGGACUUACCGGAUCCGUGGAAGAAGUGGAUUUUCUUUAACUGUGAAAAGACUGGCACCAAAUCUUUGAUGUAGGAGAGUCUGAGUUCAGACUUCAAGCACGAGUUAGUGUGUUGCUGCCAAAGAACAUUGAUGUGUUGAUAUAUUGCUGAUGUUUCUGUCCCGGGAGCGCACAUUCCGCUCUCGUAGAGAGGUAAUUCCUAUUGCUAAGAGCCUGACUUGAGUUCUCCUCUGCCUGUUGUGUGUUGGAUGGGUCACCCAGUAUUUAAUCACAAUCAAGUCCAGCCUCCAUCAGUCUGAGGGGUUGUGGGUGUGGGUUGGUUGGAUGUGGAAGGGGUUCCUCUUUUCCACGGGCUGAUUCCCAAGAGGAAAAGCAGAUUAUAACCAUUCAGAGUUAAAGGUGGUCAUUCAGGCACAACUUUGUUAAAACAACUUUGCCCUGCAGGACACCUCACACUUGUUCUUCAAUUUUAAUUAGCUGGAUUGGUAAUUACUGCUUUGUUCAACUCCUGAGGGAUUCCUUCCUUAGACACAACCACUUUGUCAGCUGGAGAUGGGAUCUCCUUUGUUUGUAUUUCUGUGUAUUUUCCAGCCCUUCUGUUGUGUUAAAGGUCUGAUCUGAUUUUGCCUUAACUCCACAGGUGUAAAAAAAUUCAGAUCAUUUGUUUAACAAAUAUGAAAUCCAAAUAACUGGGACCUAACUUGGUACAAAAGCUUCCCAGCUUUUUGUACAGGUCAUGUGAAUUCAUAAACUUAUUUAUUAUCUCGUUGUUCCAUAAUAAAGAUUAACAUACGUUAGCUGAACUUUUGCCCUUCGGAUUUUGGGAGUCACUUCAUACUAUUUUUUUUAAUUGGAUAUAAUUAUUAUAUGCAAAAUAGAAACUCUUUGGGAUUCACAGAAAAUAUCCAGGGAGGCAAAAAAACUGCCACGAGUAAGUGUGGCAGAAUCCUGGAGAUAAUCAGAGUGAUCAGAAAUUAACCUAUGCAUUUUAUUUAAAAAUAAAAUUUAGGCAGAAAUGCUGGCCUCACUGAAGUUGGUGUUAAGAAUCACAUUGAUUCCAAAGGAUUUGGGAUGAAACCUCUGCUCCAGGUUCUGCCAUCAACAUCAAACUCCAGAGCCAUCAGAUUGAAUAUUCAAUAAAAUUAUUUUCACAUGAGCUGCUAACGAAACCUUCAUCCCUCGUGCCCCAAAUACACGGAAUUGAUGGAUCUUUGUGCCUUGAGUAUCAUGAAAGGUUUGGUUCUAAAUGAAAAAUUUCUGCCUGCUUGAAAAUGUUUGUGGGUGGAAGCAUCUGCAGCAAUCUGGGAGCUUCCCUAAAAGCCACCUUGGGCUGGGAUUUGCUGUUUUUGGGGUCUGUUUCCAACUCCUUCCCUUGCUGGCCAAGUGUGGUGUGUCCCAUUGAUGUUCCACUGAUUGAAAAUCUAAUUCAUGGCUGGUUGGUGCUCCUACAAAAACAUCAGGGGAUUGGUGGCACAGCUUUGUGCCCAAAUUCCUGAUUUUCCCUCACCCAGCACAGGGGUUUUUCAGGCUGUUUCAGGAGGAUUGCUGGGUAUUUUGCACCCCUGUAAAUCAGAGAGGAGCUGAUUUUUAUCCCCACACAAUUCUGUUCCUGUUCUGUUCCCACUGCAGUUGGGGAAGAAGUGGAAGGACCUGGCGAGAAGGUGAAUGAUUGACAUGGCUGAAAAAUCUGAAAAAGUCAUGAUGACCAAUCAAAAAAAUGUGUUACUGCUGUACCCCCAAAAUGUGUGUGUAUAAAUAUAUGUAUAUCUAAACCGCCUGGGAUUGCAGAUCAUCGUUUGCAUGAUGUUAUAAAGAGGUUACUUGUCCUAAGAGCUUCUUUCAGAUGGGAGCAUUGGUAUUUUGUAUAAAAUUGGUAAAAUCCACCAUCUCCCCCUGCCCAUGGAUAUAUCUGUAAUGUAAAAGAAAAGAAAGAAAAAUGGCAUUAAAGGUGUCAGUAUAAUUUCUGAAUGA